AUGCCAAUACAGGCACCACAGUGGACUGAAUUUCUUUCUUGUCCAGUUUGCUGUCAUGAUUUUGAUGUGGCCGUACGUGGCCCGAUAUCAUUAGCAUGUGGUCAUACUAUAUGUCGUACGUGCCUUGCAAAUUUACAUCGUAAACAAUGUCCUUUCGAUCAGAGUAUUAUUAAUACAGAAAUAGAGAGACUACCAGUAAAUGAGGCUUUAUUGCAAUUAGUGGGAAAUGCAGUUCCCACAAAUGUUGCAACAGCUUAUCAGAAACUAUUACCACCUGAAGACCAUGCUAAUUAUUUGGCUGCUAAAUGUUGCAUUGAGGAACUUGCUUUAUAUCUCAAACCAUGUCAGACAAAUCCUACUCUAGCUACAGGAGGUAUGGGACUGAUUUCCCGGCCAAUGCAAAGGAAACUAGUAACUCUUGUGGGCUGUCAAUUGGUUGUGCCAGAAGGAAGAGCGCGGGCAGUUAGAGCAGCUAGAAGUUUAGGGGAAAGGUCGGUUACCGAGUUGAUAUUGCAACACCAAAAUCCGCAACAGCUUAGCGCUAACUUAUGGGCGGCUGUACGUGCGCGUGGCUGUCAAUUUCUUGGGCCAGCGAUGCAAGAAGAAGUACUGAAGCUUGUUCUAUUGGCUUUGGAGGAUGGAUCGGCUCUUUCCAGGAAGGUAUUGGUCAUGUUCGUAGUUCAACGUUUAGAAUCACAUUUUCCUCAAGCAUCCAAAACGAGUAUAGGACAUGUUGUACAAUUGUUAUAUAGGGCGAGUUGUUUCAAGGUAUCUAAACGAGAAGGUGAUUCGUCGUUGAUGCAACUGAAAGAAGAGUUCCGAACGUACGAGGCUUUAAGAAGGGAGCACGAUGCUCAGAUUGUGCAAAUCGCGACUGAAGCCGGCUUAAGAAUAGCACCCGAUCAAUGGUCUGCGUUGUUAUACGGAGACACGAGCCAUAAAUCUCAUAUGCAAAGUAUUAUAGACAAACUUCAAACUCCACAGUCUUUUGCUCAAAGUGUACAAGAAUUGGUGAUCGCUCUUCAACGUACCCCCGAUCCCGGACAAUUAAGUAGUCUAAGACCCCAAUUAGAACUGUUAGCCGCAAUAGAUCCGAGUCCAGAAUCCGAACCUCCCACGCUGGCGGAAUGUCGUGCAGCGUUAGAAGCUGUCAGGACAGUAGUCGCAGCGCUGGUGGAAUUCAUUCAGCAACACGGUAAUCGAAAAACACAGGAUGGUACACACAACGUAGGCCCAGGUCAACCGAAAUAUAAAGUGAGCAUGUGUCGAGAUCUCGCGCUCAGAGGAUCUUGUCCCAGAUCUACAAGUUGCACAUUUGCUCACAGCGAUAUGGAAUUGGACAAAUACAGAUCCAAAAAUAGAAAAUUAAGUAUCAGAUCAAGUAUGCCAGCGACUAAUAAUUCUGAUGUAAAGGUGGACAAAUCAGUUACUGCCUCGAAUAAUAAGACGUUCAAGCAAAAUGAAGAUAUAUCCUAUCAUUCCAUAAAGUCACAUGAUAAUACGCAUAGAGAGAAUUUCAGUUCUAUGAAUAAAGUUAAUCCAGUGCAACAUCACACUUCGUCGAGCGAAAACAACUUUGUUGGCUCGUUGGCGAAUUACAUGCUACCACCUCAGCAAGGGGUGUCGUCGGUGCUACCGAAUAAAAAUAUGGAUAUGUAUUGCUCUCAUUAUAUCAUGCCUAAUGCACCUGUUGAGUAUACUACACCUAACCUGAACAUGUGGGAUUCGUCGCAAGUAUCAUCGAACGUAACGAAUGGGGUUUCCAAUGCUAAAAAGCAACGGACAGUUGCCAAGACAUUGGCGAUGUUGCUGCAACGCAGAAUGGAAAUUUUAAAUCAGCUCGAAACAAUUGUCAACAAACAAGUGCCGCAGAUAAAAACGAAUUACGACAUGCAAAGAGAUACGCUAUCGUGUAACUUCUCUAUAUGGACGAAUACAUCGAGCAAUCUCAUGGUUCCUCCGUCGAACAUGAACUGUAACAGCAAUUUCCGGUGCACGGAUCCGAUUUUAUUCGAUGAUGAAUUCGUACCGUUUGAUGCUUCGUCCAGUAACAAAUACGGACCAAUAUCCAAGUUGUCCAAGAAUUUAAUGAGGUCCAGUAACGGUGUGCAGCCUUCUAAUUUUUAUGCGGAAGGAAGUGCACCUCCCACAAUAUCUCCGUAUCGACCCAUGCCGACGGCGAAUUCGAUCACAUCUUGGUAUUACGGUAAUCAACCUUAUACUGCUAUUGGUGGGAAUGGAGGAGUACAGUCUAUCAAUACUUCCGGUUAUGGAGACAAUUAUAUCACUUUUGGUCGCAAUUUGUCCGACUCGACUGCACACCCACAACUUUCACGGCCAGAGUGCGUGUCUAAAGACUUAAUUCUCGAGUCGCAAAGAGUGAAGCAACAGUUAAAACAUCUUGAAAAGAAAAUCAAUGAUUUGAAGCUUGCUACACAAGGAGCUACAUUCACCGCAGGAGAAAGGCUAGCGCAAGAGCUGCAAAUGAUUGAAGCUGGUAUUAGAGACAAAGAAAAAGAUGUGCGAAAUUGGAGCCCUUACGGUACUGUACCGUGGAUUCAGUCGUCGAACAAUUUACUUGGCACUCAAAAUUACAGUCAAGAUUACAAGACAGAAGAGGAGGACACAUACGAGGCUGGUAUUGCGAAUGAUAUGCGGGAGUUAGAAUUACGAUGGGAGUUUGAACUGCAAGAACAAGAAAAGCAUUGGUCGAGCGAAGAGGACAAUUCUAAAAAAUAAUAGUGAGAUGUGAGUCUUACUAACCCCCACUUUACUUCUUAGAUCUGACCUGAUCCGUUUAAUGGCGACAUGUUUUUUUGACAUGUGCAAAAGUAAUUUUUUUGUGCAAACUUCCAUGCAUCGGCAUGAUACACAACUUUUCCAAUGGAACGACUGAAAGUAAAAAUAGAAUUUGUACUAUUUGCAAAGAAAGAAUUUAACGCUCUCCCUGAAUACAAUCAAAAGGAAAAAAAAAGAAAUCGGUACUGGACGAUGACAGUUUAAGCACUAUUGAUAGAUGU